AUGGUUGUGGGUCUGCUGGGCCACUCGGCGGGAAGGGGUGUGGGUAGGGUCGGGAAGGGAGCGACGAGGGAUGACGUCGGCGAAAGGAAUGGAUGGAUUGACGGCCAGGGGUGA